AUUUAUUCAUGGCUCCGUUCACAACUAUCUUUAAACAUUCCAGGUGUAACGUCCAUAUUGAUUUUUUUUUAAACAGAUGAUAUGCUUUAAUACUGAUCAUAUAACAAGUUUAAAAUGUAGGACAUGUAAUUCCGAAUAUGUUCGAAAAUGUGACCUAUGCAUUGACCAGUUCUAUUAAUUAUUAAAUAUAGGAUUUUAAAUACCGUCGAUACAGGUAAACAUUCAUUGACCGGACAUAUGUGUAUAAUCUAGGUCUAUAUUUUACAAAGGAAAGUUUAUCUUAAUGGAGUUCCGCGGAAAUGAGCACGAACCUCUACUGAAAGCGCAACAGAUCGAACAACAGCUGAAGCCAAAAUGGAUAAGCACACGUGUGAAAGUGAUGAUAUAUGCGAUGAUCAAUACGAUUGCUUUACUCAUUGCAGGCUCAGCACAAACACAAUAUAUUUAUGAAUAUGUAAAAAGUCACGACUUUGCAAAUAACUCGGCAACGAACUCAAAUAACAGUUUUUCAAAAAAUGAGAGUUGUAGUGCAAAUGGUACUUCCGACUAUAAAAUACAAGCGAUAUCGGCCGACUGGUCAUGGUAUAUUACACUAGCCGAAUACGGAAUUGCAAUUCCAUUUAUUGUUUUCAUUGGACCUUUGGUAGAUAGAAUAGGUCGUAAACCAGUUUUACUAUGGAAUUUAUCACUUAUGACUCUUUCGUUUGCAGUUAAAACACUUACUAUUUAUUUGAAACUGAACUUGUAUUACUUUUUAGUUGGAUUCGCAAUUGAAGGACUUUCUGGAACAUUUUCCAUAUUCAGUAUAGCAUGUUGUGCAUUACUAGCGGAUACAACAUCGAAAGGAAAAGAUAGAACUAUUGUUAUGGUGAUAUAUGAUGCGCUAAUAGGAUUAGGAGCUUUCGUUUCUUUUAUAGGGACAGGAUAUUUAAUAGAGUUCACAGGUUUUAUUUAUCCAUUUGCUAUUUCAGGUGGAAUAUUUUUCUUCUUUACAAUUUUAGUAGCAAUUACUUUAGACGAAUCUCUGGUGCAUCAUGAAACGGAAAGUCGAAUAAAAGUGUCGGCGUUUUUAGGACAAAUAUUUUCCUUGUUUACAAAUGUAGAAAACAUAAGCCGUGGUGUUAGUUAUAUUUUAAUUUAUUUAAUAAUAUUCUUAAUUUAUAAUAUGCCAUCGUCAGGAUCUAUAACAACGAUAUUUACUUUGAGUUCACCAUUUUGUUGGUCUUCGGAACACAUCGGGUGGUUUAGUGCUGGUAGUUCUAUUUUAGUGUUUGUAGGUGGAACAGUUAUUCUCAAAAUUUUGCAGAUAUGUUUCAAAAAUAUUACUGAUGAACUGGUUGUAAUAUUCGGUUUAUUAUCAUCUGUUGCGAGUUACAUACUCUUCGGAUUGUCUACGAAUGAUUGGAUGAUAUAUGAAUCUGCAGCAGUUGGUAUUCUAAAGAUUCUUCCAAUACCUUUGAUCAAAGCCAUUUUAUCCAGAGCUGUGCAUCCAGAUAAACAAGGUGCACUUUUUUCAAAUAUAUAUCUGUUAGAUACAAUUUGUACAAUUUUUGGAUCUACCAUAUUUAAUAACAUCUAUCAUCAUACAGUUACAUUACACAAAGGAUUUGUAUUCUUUGUAAUGGCAGGAUUUCCUUUCAUAGCUCUUGUUAUGAUGAUAUUUGUAACAUGCAAGACAAAUUCGACAAAAGAUCCAAUCGAGUUAGACAUCGAUAAUCCGCAAAUACAAAAUUCCGAUACGCCAUCUUGACAACUUUAUGAAAAAGUCGGAUUUUCAGAUUAUUUUAUAAUUGGCAAAAAUAACUCUCCUUGUAAUAGACUUAAAUGUUUUGAAUUCAUAUAUAAAUCUUUUUUUGUUAUAUUUAUUUAAAAAUAAAAAUAUUUGUUCGAA